GCAACAGACUUGAAGAGAAAAUGAAAGACGUUUUGCGGGGGAAUAUUAAAAGGCUAAAAAGGUUACCCGCCAUUGUACGAGGAGGGGCCAUCGAUAGGUACUGGCCAACUGCUGAUGGCAGGUUGGUGGAAUAUGACAUUGACGAUGUUGUUUAUGAUGAGGAUUCUGCAUAUCAGAACAUCAAGAUUCUCCACUCAAAGCAGUUUGGAAAUAUUCUUAUCCUGAAUGGCGAUAUUAAUUUAGGGGAAAGUGACCUUCCAUACACACAAGCAAUCAUGGGUGAUGGAGUAGAGGACUAUAAAGGGAAAGAAAUUCUUAUCCUUGGAGGAGGAGAUGGUGGAAUCCUCUAUGAGCUGGUCAAGUUAAAACCAAAGAUGGUCACCAUGGUGGAAAUUGACCAGAUGGUGAUUGAUGCAUGUUGUAAACACAUGCGCAAAACGUGCGGAGAUGUCCUGGACAAUCUGAAAGGAGACUGCUAUCAGGUGUUAGUUGAAGAUUGCGUUCCAGUUCUGAAGGCAUAUGCUGCAGAAGGAAGGCUGUUUGAUUAUGUUAUUAAUGACUUAACUGCAGUUCCUAUCUCUACAUCUCCAGAAGAAGAAUCAACGUGGGAUUUCCUGCGACUUAUUCUUGACCUUGCUGUGAAGGUUUUGAAACCCACAGGGAAGUAUUUUACACAGGGUAACUGUGCAAACUUGACAGACGCACUAGCGAUGUAUGAACAGCAGCUGAACAAACUCUACUGCCCUGUGGAAUAUUCAAAGAAAGUUGUAUGUGUUCCGUCUUACGCAGAAUUAUGGGUGUUCUACACAGUGUGGAAAAAAUAGAGCGUACCUUUUCAAAUCAAAAGUUGCAAGUUAUUUUAUGAAAAAUCAAUAGAGUUGGUAAUUGUAAGGAUGGCAGGGCUAUGUGCUGCAUGAUGCUUUUUAGACUUGCACCCUGAUGCAGGCUGUUUCUCACUGAAGUAAUGCUGUGUACUUAAAUCAAGUCUCCUGGCCGAGGUGUCUUGCAUUGUGCUGUGAUGCAACUUCUCCUUUCAGGAAAGAUGCGACUUGUAUAUUUUGCAGGGAAUUUUUAAGUGUCUGGUCAUUUGCAUUUGAAGUGGAGGUGCAAGGAGCAAUGGUGACUGCACUGGACCUCCUGAAUGUCACUGUAAAUGUGAAUCGAGAUCUUUUUACUUUUGUGGGUGGGUGGGUAAGCGAAUUCACAAUUUUGUAUUUAGUGGUGAUUUAUUCCAGUUAAUUUUUUUUUUGUUCUGGAUUUGUCUUUGCAUAUUUCAGUCUGCGGUAUCAUACUCUUAUGUCAACCAUAGUCAGUUUGGAUAUUAAUUUCUUUUAAUUUAUUGCUGUGUUUUUGGAAUAAACACAACUGUUGAAA